UCUCGCACAAUCUGUUCGACUAACCGACCAUUCAAACUCACAUGUGUGUUCUCAAUAUUAAUCAAUGCAAAUUUCAAAUCGCUUUCGUAAGCUGCGUAUAGACUUAGUGAUAGAUAUUUCUAAUUGAAGAAAACCUUUCUAGCAGGGUUGAACAAUGUUCUCGUCGAGAUUAUAUCUCGUCGUUACUACAUUGUUUUUAAUCGCAAGUGUUUUAGCAGAUGAGGACUAUGCGGCCCCUGAUCAGGAUCCUUUCAACGAAGAGGAUGUAUUAUCAGACUCUCCGUACGUCCCGAGCUUCCUGCAACGGAGGUUCAACAUUUCUGGUGGAGGAGUCAAAGGGGGAUCGAGAGUAAAGGGAGGCAAGAAAUCUAGCUGGAGCACGAAAAAUCGCAUAAAAGGUGGCGGCGUCAAAGGUGGCGGAGUCAAGGGUGGUGGUGGCCACGCAGCGAUUGUAUCGAGGAAAGGUGAUUGUAGUAUUCAACCCUCUCCACCGAUGAAUGGAAAUCUACAGUGUUCAGUGUUCAGUGGAUGUCGAGCUACAUGUCACCGUGAUUAUCAAUUUCCAAAUGGCAAAUCAGAAUUGUUGAUAAUUUGUAAUGACGGUAUAUGGCAAGCAGGUGAAACGGAUUGGGUUACGCUGGCAACUUGUCUACCUAUUUGUUUACCGGAAUGUCAGAACAACGGUAUUUGCGUUGGACCAAAUCAAUGCAACUGCCAAGAGAAUUAUUCCGGGCCCCAAUGUCAGUUCAAAAACGAGCCAUGCUUGAAUUAUCCACCAGUACCUUUGAACUCCCGAAGGAAAUGUAAUUCCAAAUUUUGCACUAUAACAUGUGCGAAAGAUCAUGUUUUCCCCGGCGGCGGUACAAUUGCAAACUUAUUUUGCAAAGAUGGGAACUGGGUACCAGAUAAAGACGAUUGGGUAUCCGUUCCAGAUUGUCAAGCUGUGUGUUCUCCGCCUUGUCAGAAUGGCGGUAACUGUCUCGCGCUCGAUUUUUGUCAAUGCCCAGAAGAAUUCCGAGGUCCACAGUGUCAAUAUUCGGUCGAAGCAUGUAGCCCAGAAAAAAUCGGUUUCAAUGGUGGAUAUAAUUGUACCGGUGAUGGAGACAGCUUUUCUUGUGCCCUGGAGUGUCCCGAAGGAGUAGAAUUUGACUUUUCCCCAGCAUCGACUUACACCUGUGCUUACAGCGAGGGAAUUUUCAAGCCACAACCAAUUCCACAAUGUCAAUAUAGUAGCGAUAUGGAAGUUAUACCAAUCGGUGGUUUCGAAAACUCAUUUUAUGAGUUGAGCAACGAGUCGUGGUCAAUGCAAGAUAUUUUCGGUUCGAUUUCUGGUGAUGAAUUCGGAGGGGCUUCCAGAUCCGGUACUAAAGGUCGUUUUGGGUCACGUGGUCAUCGCAUUAAAGGGGUGAAGAACGGAGCCGAAGAUGAAUACGAGGUUGAUGAGGCAGAGAAUUUGGCUAAAGGUGCAUACGGUGGCUUAGGUAGAAAUGCAAACCAGAUGGUAAUCGUUGAACGGAAACGCCCCGAACCCGAAGCUUGUUUUACCUGGGGAGGAGUACAUUACAAAACAUUCGAUGGAAAAAUAUUUAGCUUUGAAAGCGAAUGCGCUCAUACCUUAGUACGUGACGCUGAAGAUGGGCUGUUCGCAAUAACAGCGAAGAACAGUCCUGGGUGUUUCACUGGGGACUCAUGUUCUAGAAUCGUCAAAAUUUUUAUCCAUGGAAAGGAAUACACACUUUUAUUGAAUGAAUAUGGAAUACCGGAAUUCAGGACCGUGAAAAAGGCCUUGCCCAUCCCAGCUCAGCUGCCUGGUUUGCGCGUAGAAAUGUCUGCACAUUUCAUGGUCGUUACUUUGGAUUCAAUCGGUGCAAGUUUAAAAUGGGAUGGAGCUUUACUCGUACAAGUACAAGCUUCUGAAAGUCUUUGGAAUAAAACUACAGGAUUGUGCGGAAAUAUGGAUGGAGAUAACAAUGACGAUUUAAGAGCCAAAGACGGCAGUCAUCCCAAAAGCAUCGCUACAUUGGCCAGCAGUUGGCGUGCUCAGAGCAUCGGUGAGACUUGCGAUGAAUAUCCGAACAUUCAACACUCGUGCGAAAAAAAAGAAGACUUGGCCGGUGACGCUACUGAAUUUUGUGCAAAGUUGUUAGCCGAUCGUAGAUUCCAAUCCUGUUCGAGCGUAAUCGAUUUGAGUGUCUUACAAACCGCAUGCAGAUGGGAUUAUUGUGCUUGCAAACAUGUGGAUAAAACAAGAUGUGCUUGUGACACAAUGAGCGUAUACGUCAGACAGUGCGCUUACAAAGGAGUUAUCACAUCUAUGGGAUGGAGGGAUAACAAUACGUGCCCUAUGGAAUGUACCGGUGGACGUGUUUACAUGUCAUGCGGUCCGAAAACGCAGGCUUCUUGCGGUACCGACACCGAAGUGAAAACUGACGCGGACUUGGAGGUCGCAGGUUGCGAAGAAGGUUGUUUCUGCCCCGAGGGUUCAGUUCUGCACGAAGGCCGUUGCAUUUCAAUUGAAGAAUGCCCUUGUAAAUUACGUGGGAAAGUUUUCCCGCCUGGUAAAACCACCUCGAAAGAUUGUAACACCUGCACUUGUUCGUCUGGCAAAUGGAUUUGCUCUCAGGCUAAGUGUAGCGCGAGAUGUUCGGCCAUUGGAGAUCCGCAUUUCAUCACAUUCGAUGGGAAACGAUAUGAUUUCAUGGGAAAAUGCACUUACUACUUAGUGAAAGGCGACGAUUUCAGCAUAGAAGGGGAAAAUGUUGCUUGCCCUGGUGCCCUAUCCGAGAAUAUGGGUUACACAGCAACGACUAUCGAUGAGGCUCCAUCGUGCACGAAAACUGUGACCAUUCGGCUGGGAGAUCUUACGAUUAAGUUGAAGCAAAAUCGGCAAGUGACGAUUAAUAGCGAAGAAGUUACUAAAUUACCCCUCACGACGGGUGGUGUUAAAAUUCGAAUUGCGAGCAGUAUAUUUUUGAUCGCUGAACUUCCAAACGGUAUAGACGUAUGGUGGGACGGAAUAUCUCGAGUGUACAUCAAUGCGCCACCUCAAUUCCAUGGCAAGACGAAAGGAUUGUGCGGAACAUUCACGAUGAACCAAAAAGAUGAUCUUCUAACGCCCGACGGUGACAUAGAACAAUCCGUAGUUCCUUUCGCAAAUAAAUGGAAAGUUGAUGAAUCAUGUCCAAACGCACCUAAGAAAGAACCGACUCAUCCCUGCGAUAUAAACCCCCAAAAAAGAGUCGAAGCCGAAGCCUAUUGCUCGAAAUUACACUCCAAUCUAUUCGCUGAUUGUCAUUGGCACGUCGACCCUGAAACGUACUAUAAAGAUUGUCUGUACGAUAUGUGUGCUUGCGAGACGGACAUCAGCCUUUGUCUUUGCCCAAUAUUAUCUGCAUACAGUAAGGAAUGCGCUCAUCAAGGUUUGAGAUUAGCGUGGCGUGAAGACAUUGACCAGUGUAAAAUCCAUUGUCCCAGCGGUCAAAGUUAUCAGAUUUGCGGCAACAGUUGUACAAGAUCAUGCGGCGACAUAUCAUUCGAUCCACACUGCAAACAAGAUUGCGUUGAAGGCUGCAAUUGUCCCGAAGGUCAGACUCUCGACGAAAGGAACGAAUGUAUCCCCAUUGGACAAUGCCCGUGCCAACAUGCGGGCUUGGAAUUCAAAUCCGGUUAUCGUGAAGUCAGACCAGGAACCAAAAGCCAAGAAUUAUGCACCUGUGCAGGUGGUCUAUGGCAUUGCAAUCCGGCAUCGCAUGAUGACAUUCGUAAUUAUCCUGCUGCCGCUGACUUGAAAUGCGGUGCAUCCGAGAAUCAAGAACUUUCGACUUGUAAACCAGUCGAACAAAGAACUUGCCGAAAUAUGCUUACUUGGGUUGAACAAACUCCAGCAAUCUGCAAGCCAGGUUGCGUUUGCAAGAAAAAUUACGUAUUGGACAUGUCUUCUGGUAAAUGCGUCAAGGAAACCGAGUGUCCUUGUUACCACGGUGGGAAGAGUUACAAGGAAGGUUCUUCUAUGCAAGAAGAAUGCAACACUUGCAAAUGUAAUAAUGGAAAAUGGACGUGCACCGAUAGAAUAUGCGAAGGAGUUUGUUCGGCAUGGGGUGAUUCACAUUACACAACGUUCGAUGGAAAAUUGUACGAAUUCCAAGGCGCCUGCGAUUACGUUCUCGCUAAGGGAAGUUUGAGUCCUGAUGAAACAUUCGAUAUAUCAACACAAAAUGUACCAUGCGGAACGACUGGCGUAACCUGUUCAAAGUCGAUUACAUUGACUGUUGGUUCAGGAGAAAAUAAAGAAACUAUCAAACUCACAAGGGGCAAAGAACUGCCGACAGAAAGUUUCAAACGAAUUGCCAUCCGAAGAGCAGGACUGUUCGUAUUUCUUGAUGUGCCAGAUUUGGGCUUGGUACUGCAAUGGGACGAAGGAACGAGAGUUUACGUCAGAUUGAAUCCAAAAUGGAAGAGUCAUACCAAAGGACUCUGCGGUGACUACAAUGAUAAUGCUAAAGAUGAUUUCAAGACGCCGUCUGGAGGGAUUUCCGAAGUUUCAGCUAAUCUUUUUGGAGAUUCGUGGAAGAAACAAGAUUACUGUCCAGAAUCAAGAGAAAUCAGUGACACGUGCGCAUCUAAUCCAGAACGGAGGAUCUGGGCUGUCAAAAAAUGCGACAUUCUAAAAUCUCCGGUAUUCCAAGUGUGCCAUUCAGAAGUCGAGGUGGAACCCUUUUUGGAAAGAUGUGUUUUCGAUACUUGCGGCUGUGACGUGGGCGGUGACUGCGAAUGUUUGUGCACGGCAUUGGCUGCUUAUGCACAAGAAUGUAACGCUCGUGGUGUACCAGUAAAAUGGCGUACUCAAACAACUUGUCCGAUCCAAUGCGACGAAACUUGCAGCACUUACUCUCCCUGUAUUUCAACUUGUCCUCGAGAGACGUGUGAUAACAUAAUCGUACUCGGUGAUAGUUCGCACUUGUGCUCAUUGGACACAUGCGUCGAAGGUUGUCUACCAAAGCCAUGUCCCGAAGGUGAAGUCUACGCAAACGGAAAUCACAGCGAAUGCGUUCCGAAGGCUACUUGCAAACCCGUGUGCAUGACGAUUGACGGGGUGAAAUACUACGAGGGUGACAAACUGGAGGGGGAUAAUUGUCACAGCUGUUUCUGCAGUCGUGGUAAAAAAGUAUGCCAAGGACAACCUUGCACGACAACUCCUGAACCAAUUACAACUAUUCCAAUGGAAGAGACACCUGCCUGUGUCGAAGGAUGGACCGCAUGGGUAAACCGGGAUCUACCUAUUAAAGGAAAAAAACUAUCCGAAAUCGAGACGCUACCUACAACUCUUGAUCUGCUCGGUAUUAACGGUUCAGCAGUUUGCGCAAAAGAGCAAAUGGUUGACAUUAGAUGUAGAACGGUGAAGCGUCAUCUAACUCCAAAAGAGACCGGACUCGAUGUAGAGUGCAGUUUGGAACGCGGUCUUUAUUGUCGAGCUCAGGCUUUCGGAGAGGGUUGCCCAGAUUUUGAAAUCAGCGUUCGCUGUCAGUGUGGGGAAACAACCCCGACGUCGCCGACUACCACGACAACGACGGAACGAACUACAACGACCGAGAAAUACCUGCCAUGUGAUGUCGCACAUCCUAAUCAAGCCCAUCCUACGGAUUGUCACGCAUUUUACCAUUGCGUUCCCGGACUCGAAGGCCCUGAAUUGGUCGAAAAAUCGUGUGGACCGGAUAUGCUUUACAACCCAACUGCUCAAAUUUGUGACUGGCCAGCUUCAGUCGUUUUACAAAGGCCGGAAUGUUACGUCGCACCUCCUUCAACUUUGGCUCCUUCUACAACUACAUCUCGUUGCAAAGACGGAGAAAUUUGGAGCGAAUGUGCCGUACAAUGUAGUAGGGCGUGCUCGUACUAUCAGUACUUACUUAUACAGACCGGAGUUUGCGAUAAGAGCAGAGAUUGCGUUCCAGGAUGUGUGCCAGCUGAUAGGGUAAAAUGUCCGUCUCACAAGCUUUGGAGAGACGCUCAUACUUGCGUUGAUAUCGCUGACUGUACUUGCAAGACCCACGAAAAUAAGCCAAUAAAACCAUCAGUUGUUGUAAAAGAAUCCGAAUGUGAAUAUUGUCAGUGUAUAAGAAAUCAUUACACGUGUGACGAUACCAUAUGCGACACUACAACGGUUCAAACUACUACGCCAGUGAUAACGACCACUACUCACAUUUAUACUACAACGGUAUCGCCGUCGUUCUGCGAUGAAUUUGAUUACACCAAUUUAAUUAAUGGAGAAGUACCCUUAUCAGAUCAAGUGUUUGACGCGAGCAGUUAUUCCGAUAGUUCAACGAAACCGUCGAACGCCAGAUUGAGCAACGUAAGAGGAGAUACUUCUCCAGGAAGCUGGGUACCAAACAAAUUCGACGACUCUCAAUGGAUUUCCGUAGAUUUGGGUACUUCAACAGUGGUUUAUGGUGUUAUUUUACAAGGAAGCCCCACAACCGAUGAAUAUGUCGAAUCGUACAAUGUCUAUUAUUCGCCGAAUGGACUCGACGAAUAUUUGGAACCAAUUACCGAAGUCAAUUCAACGGUACCAAAACUAUUUUACGGUCCUCGAAAUGAAGGGGGUAUAAAACGGGCUAUGUUCGACGAGCCUUUGGUAGCAGAAAAGAUAAAAAUUGUUCCGAAAACCUGGCACAAAGGAAUUGCAGUUAGAUUUGACAUUAUUGGUUGUGAGAACACGACUAGCGAAGAUAGAAUGAUUUCAGAAGCACUCGGCCAUCUGAAGACCCGUAAAGGCCAUCACGAUGAAAUAGUGAUUCUCGGAACUCCGUCGACAUCCAGAGCUGCGUCUACAACCAGAAUAGCAGAAACUACUUUCAUCGUACCCAGUACGGUAGCAACAAUCGAGGAAUGCGAUGAUGACCAUUAUGUCGAAUUAGUUUUGAAUUCCGAACCUGGCAGCAUCACCUUUGACGCAAGUUCGGUAUUGAGUCCUAAUUUCGCCGCGGAGCAGGCUCUUCUUGAUAAUUCCGUUAGUGAAGAAUCCGGUGGUAGUUGGGUACCUGCUCACACAAACGAGGAGCAAUGGUUGGGUAUCAAUUUACCGGAACCAGAACCGAUCUAUGGUGUGCUGUUGCAAGGAAGUCCAUUGGAUGAAAAUCGCGUCACAAGUUACAAGGUCUUAUAUUCUGAAGACGGUGUUAAAUUUUCAUACAUCACGGAUGAAGAUGGAGAGGAUGCGCUCUUCAGCGGAAGUGACGACCAAGAUACGCCAUCGGCAAUAAUCUUUGAUAAUCCGAUCGAAGCCAAAGUUGUUCGCAUCAAUCCACAGACUUGGAACAACGGUAUUGCCAUCAGAGCUGAUCUGAUUGGAUGUGGUGAAACCGAACCCUAUGAGGAAGUUGAGAGCAAAGUUAAUUUGGGGCAAAACGUUAAGGGCUCACAAAAAUACGCCGUUUCAAAAAGCAAAGAGGCCAUCAAGAAGGCUCAAAAAGGUCAACACAGAGUACGAGUUAAACCUGUUUGCGACGACUUGUUGGGAUUGGAUGACAGCACCAUGUCCGAUGAGCAGAUAACCGCGUCCUCAACUUACGAUGAAUUGUUGCCAAAGCUUCGAUUAUCAUCCAAAGGAAUUUGGCGUCCAAAGCUCGAUAAUCCUGAUCAAUAUGUACAAUUUGAUUUCUACGAACCACGAAAUUUGACCGGAGUAGAAACUAAGGGAUACGACGAUAUCUGGACGACCUCGUACAAGGUUUUAUACAGUCACGACGGCCGUCGUUGGAAUCCUGUGACCGAUACAGAUGGAGAAACUGAAAACUUUUUAGCUAAUUCCAACGAUAAAAAAUCAAAGACCAACUAUUUCAUUCGACCAAUACAAGCAAGAUACUUGAGAAUUCAACCAACGAAUUGGCACAAUCAUGUCGGACUCAAAGCUGAAAUUCAUGGAUGCUACUUACCGUACUUCCCCCCAGUACCUGAACAUAUUGAACGUGUGGUAACUAUAAAACCACCGAUAUCGCAAGUGAAAUGCAACAUUUGUGAAGGAAUCCCGGAAACAUUAGAAGAAAAUUGUAAAUGUGAUGAAUCCAGUUGGUGGGACGGAGAAUCUUGCGUUACCAAACAGGACUGUCCUUGCGUCAUAGGUCAUAUACCAUAUACCGUGGGAUCGAUUUACGAAACUGAAGACUGCCAACAAUGUAUUUGUGCAAUUGGAGGCUCUUCCUCCUGUACGGAGAAAAAAUGUGAACCGUGUAAAACACCAGGGUUACAAUCAGUUGUAACAGAAUUGUGCGCCUGUAUUUGCAAGCCUUGUCCAGAGGGAACCAAACUUUGUCCAACCAGCAAUAUUUGCAUCAAUGUAACAUCUUGGUGCGAUGGAAUUCAGGAUUGUCCCGAUGAUGAGGUCGACUGUACCACAACUGUCAUAACUACUACUCCAUCCACAACCACUACUACGACUGAAAUGACCACCACCACAGAAAUCGUAGCUGAGGCUACUCGGGCACCAUGUCUGCAACCCAGUUGCCCUUCGGGUUAUAAGGUUGUUCUAAAACCAAGGAGGUAUUCCGAAGCUUAUGACAUGCUGAGCACGACUACUAAUCUAAACGGACAAUUAGUAAAAGGAGGAGUCAAAGGUGGCGUGAAAGGUGGAGUCAAAGGCGGUAGGGGAGGAACCAAGGGUGGAAGCGUGAAGGGAGGUGUCAAGGGUGGUUCCAGAUAUCGUCCAGAGCCAAGCAAAUUGAUCUCUGUGGAAGCUCCGGAAGAUCUAGAGUGCCCUCAAUUUUCGUGUGUAUCGACGAAACCCCCGCCCAACUUCGGCAUCAAAGAAUCAGUUCUGACAUGUCCAAAACUACAAUGUCCUCCAGAGUACAAACUAAUAAUGGAAAAAAUGAGCUUGUCUCGACCAGAACCGUGUCCAAGAUUCCUUUGCAAACCUCCACCACCAAAAGAAGCUGUAUGUAAUGUCACCGGACGGACUUUCAACACGUUUGACGACUUGGAAUAUAAAUAUGAUAUCUGCAAUCAUAUUUUAGCCAGAGAUAUGCAUGAAAAUAAGUGGUACAUUACACUGGAAAAGCAGUGCAAUAAGACCGGUGCGCCGUGUCAGAAGAUUUUGGCAGUCAAUUUCGAUAAUCACGUUAUAUUCUUGUAUCCUGACUUGCACAUUGACAUCGAUCAGUACACAUUUUCAGCCAAUCAGGUCAAGAGGCUUACUGACAAAAACAAGGCCUUCAAAAUAACCCGAGUCGGUGACGCUUUGCACUUUGUUUCAUACCGUUAUGGAUUUUGGGUAAUUUGGGAUAUGAAUUCGAACACGAGAAUCGGAGUGACCACUAAGCUAGCCGGCCACGUCGACGGUCUCUGUGGAUUCUUCGACGAAAACGUAUCGAAUGAUAGACAAAUGCCGGAUGGCCAACAAGUCAGAAGAACUGUUGAUUUUGGAAAUAGCUGGGCCGUAGACGAUUCCCCCGAAUGCGAACCACAGGUUUGCCCGCAACACAUACAAGAGAAAGCUUGGAAAAUCUGCAAUAUAGUGAAAGAACGAUCAUUGGCUGUAUGUUCCGGUGUGCUCGAUCUGGAAAAAUUCGUGUCUCGCUGUUUGGAAACGGCGUGUGCUUGCAUGCGCGGUAAUUUGACAGAUGCCGAAUGCAAAUGUCGCGAAUUAACUGGAUUUGUAUCGGAGUGUCAGGCUGCCGAUGCUAAUAUCGAUUUAUCAACUUGGCGCACAACCCACGAUUGCCCGGUCUCUUGUCCAGCUCCCUUCGUCCAUAAAGACUGCUUCAGGUACAAAUGCGAGUCCACUUGUGACAACCUCCAAGAAACUGACCCCUGUCCAGUAAUGCCCGGUGUUUGUUUCUCGGGCUGUUUCUGUCCAGAUGGAACAGUACGCAGAGGUGACGAGUGCGUUUUAGCUACCGAAUGCAGAGACUGCCUUUGCGAUGGCUUUGGAAAUUCCAAACUCGUCAGUUUUGAUAGAAAAAAUUUCACCUUCAAUGGCAACUGUACAUACGUUUUAUCCAGAGAUAUCAUUCACGACGUGAAGGGCGGCAAGGGCAAUCAUGCUUAUCAAGUGCUGGUAACUAAUGCAGCUUGUGCCAGUGGUAUAUGCACCGAAGCAAUCACGGUUCUCUACCAGAAACAUUCUGUGAAAAUAAAGCAAGGGCAGCAUCUGAAAGAGCUGAUAGUCUUCGUUGACGGAAAAAAAGUGGACAGCUUCCCACACGAAACGAAAUGGUUAACUCUAGAAGAACAACCCGGAAGAGAUGUCACUCUGUUAAUUCCUGCCAUUCAAUUAGAAGUGGCCAGUUUCCAACAUAACUUCGCCUUUAUGGUUCGCUUACCGUCUCAUACUUUCGGCGGUUCGAUGGAAGGACUUUGUGGAGAUUGUAACGCGAACCCCAAUGAUGAUUUGAGGAGGCGAGACGGGCAGGUCGUAGAUGACGUUAACGAUUUUGGCAAUAGUUGGCUUGCGACUGAUUUACCAGUCGAACUUGACAUCAACAUCGAGAAAUGUACAGCCGAGCCGGAAAAAGAAUGCGUAAUUAAACCGACUGACAAAAACCCAUGUGAUAGACUAUUGGACGCAGAAAGAUUCGGUCAAUGCCACAGAGUAGUGGACCCAGAGCCAUACUUAGCUUCAUGUCGCGAGGGAUUAUGCGACGGUGAUGAUGUUUGCGAUGACUUGGAGGCUUAUGCCAGGAGCUGUCUACAGGCUGGAUUAUGCCCAGAUUGGAGAACUGACGACGUCUGUCCUUACAAAUGUUCUGAACCUUUGGAAUACCGACCCUGCGGUCCGAGCUGCCAAGAAACUUGCAGCGAUGUUGAGGCUGGAGAGAAAGCCAAGUGUCCUCUGAGCGAAACCGAAGGUUGUUUCUGCCCAGAAGACCACGUCAUGUUGAAUGGAACUUGCGUUUCUAAGAAACAGUGUUUGGUUUGCGACAACGAAGGUCACAUACAAGGCGAUAUUUGGUAUCCGGAUAAAUGUACAACUUGUGAGUGCGAAAAGAAGACCGUAAUCUGCGAGAAAAAAGAAUGCCCCGCGUUGGAAACUAUCUGCUCCGAAGGUUCUAUGCCCAUUUUGGUCGCUGGAACGCAACAGGAAUGUUGUCCCAAAUAUCUUUGCGUACCCAUAACCACCACACCUCUGCCAUGCGUUGAACCUCAACAACCGGUGUGCGGAUUUGGGCAAACCAUGAAAUCAGUAAUAGGAUCAGAUGGUUGCCAGAAGCUCAUUUGCGAAUGCAUACCUGAGGAAGAAUGUGAAGCGCUGAUAUCUGAGCUCGAGAUCGAAACAGAGAAGCUACAACCUGGAAUGGUAGAAGUGAAAAACACAUCUGGCUGUUGCACAUGGUCAACUUGGGUCUGCAAACCUGAAACGUGUCCCCCAGCUACCGAGUGCCCAGAAUUCUACGACGUUCGCGCUAUUCAGGAGCCACAUCAAUGUUGCCCUCGAUACGAAUGUCAACGCCAGAAGGACGUUUGUUUGUGGAGUCCAAAAUCCGCAACAAAAUCCGCAACAAAAUCUGCAACGAAGUCAGCUACGAAGUUCCCAACUAAACUUAAGGGCGAAGAUAACGUUUUGGGCAAACGAGUCGGUGAAGUAUGGCACGAUGGUCCAUGUACCAAGUGUUCGUGUGAAAGAGUUUUGGACGGCAGCGAAGCGAAAUGUGUGACUACGGAUUGUGCGACUAUCGAAGCACAUCCGGAUAUCAACGAGUUCGUUAUCGAACCUGUUCUACACGAUGGCGAAUGUUGUCCCAUCUUUGAACGAAGAGCAUGCAAAGACAAGGGCGAUGUUUACGCCAUCGGGGAGGUAUGGCAACCCGAUUCAUCCGAUGCUUGCGCGACGAUGGAAUGUAUCAAUGAUACAAACUCGGUUCAAAAACAACUCAAAGUACAGCAAUGCGAGCGCGAGUGCGACCUGGGUUUCGAAUACGUAGAAUCAACGGACAAGAGUACGAAAUGUUGCGGCAUCUGCGUGGCUUCUGCUUGCGUUAUAAACGGAGAGGAGAAGGCCGUCGGAGAAGAAUGGCAUUCGGACGAUCAUUGUACGAAUUUCUUCUGUUUGUCCGUUAAUGGCUCGAUUCUAGUCCAAGGUGUUCAGGAAACAUGCAAUGAGAUAGAUCAUCGCGAUGCCCAAGAAUUCAAAAUAGAGGUUCAUCCAGUUCAGGGAAAAUGCUGUCCGGAACAUGUGAAAGUAGGCUGUCUUUAUGACGGAAAACUUCUGAAACCAGAUGAGAAAUGGAUAUCACCCGACGAUCCUUGCCUCACUCUCAUGUGUGUUCAAACACCGGAUGGAGUUGCUAAAACGGAAGAAAGAAAAACCUGCAACACGGAGUGCCCCAUUGGUUGGGAAUACCAAAAACCUGCGGACGAUGUUUGCUGUGGAGAGUGUAAACAGGUUUAUUGCAUCGUUGGAAAUACAUUGUACGAACCUAAUGCUGUGUGGACUUCACCCGAUAAUUGUACCAAGUUUGAAUGCAAAAAAGAUGGAGAUCAGUUCACAGUGAAUAGCUUCACAGAGAUCUGUCCGGAUAUAUCGGAUUGCGCUUUAGAUGCGAUUUAUAACGAUACGUGCUGCCAAAGGUGUAACUUGACUUCCAUGAAUGUGCAGCGUGAAGAGGGAUGUUUCGCCGAACCGAUUUCGUCCAAUAAUACCGAGGGAAUUGUAUCGGAAACUCGAGGUGCUCACGGGCUCUGUAAAAACCUUGAUCCAAUCGAAGGUAUCACCGAAUGUCAUGGAACGUGCGAAUCUUCAACAUAUUUCGACAAUGCCUCAUUCGCACAAGAAAGCAACUGUCAUUGCUGUUCCCCGCUACAAUACAAAGGACUGAUCGUUCAAUUGACCUGCGAAGAUGGGACAAAGGUUAAGAAGCAGUUGGCGAUACCGAAAACUUGUACAUGUGAACCGUGUAUGUCAGCCAAGUUAUCGGUAAAAGGACGUAAGCUUCGCACCAAGGGAUAAGAGGCUGAGUGAGGAAUACUUAAUUUAUGAAAUCCAAGCUUCAACGCUAUGAUUUAAAUUUCUUACUAAGGAUAUUAUUAGAUUUUAAUUCGAAUAGGGUCUAUAUAAAAGCAAUUAAUGCUCAAAAAUGAUAAUAUAUAUGUAUGACGCCAUUGAACUUCUCUGCAUACUUAAUAAGGUGGUCAUGUACACGUGUAAGAGAUGCCGAUGAUAUUCAUCCUACAUCGAUAAACGGUACGUACCAUUUUUGGAUCUAUGGUAAUUGAUUUACUAUUCAAAAAUGUUACAUGUGAAUAAUAAAUGACCUGUGACAUGUUCAUGGUAAAAAUA